AUGCAACCUCUCAACCUGCUCCUUGCUGCCCUCUUUGGCACCGCGGCCCUGACCGCGCCGACCUCGGGGGACCGCGCAUACGCGGAUCUGGCGCAGCGUGGCCUCGACACCAACAAGUUUCUCCAGUACAUCCUCACCUACUUCCCUGGGCAAAUGGCCGUGCAGGACGCCUGCGCCGUCAUCGGCAAGGGCGAGACCCUGCUCGGCGACGUCUUCCGCCUGUCGUCCACCGCCAACAGCGACGGCUGCAAGGACGUCACCGUCGUCUUUGCGCGCGGCACCUGCGAUCCCGGCAACGUGGGCGUCCUCACCGGGCCGGCGUUCUUCGCCGCCGUCAGGGCGGCCGUCGGAGGCAAGAGCGUCAACGUCCAGGGCGUCGCCUACCCGGCCAGCGUGGCGGGCUACCUCGACGCCGACAAGGCUGCCGGCCUGACCAUGGCUCAAAUUGUGCGCGAUACUCGCUCUGCCUGCCCGAAUACCAAGAUUGUCAUCUCUGGCUACUCCCAAGGCGGCCUCGCGGUCCAUAACGCGGCCGACGCGCUUGGCGGCGACAUGUCCAAUGUCAGCGCCGUCGUCGUCUUUGGGGACCCAAUGUCUCACUAUCCCGUAUCCAACAUUGACGCGAGCAAAGUCCGUAUUGUCUGCCAUGGUGGCGACAAUAUUUGCGACGGAGGGGCCAUCAUCUUCCCCCAGCACCUGACUUAUGCCGCCGACGCGGCGUCUUCCGCUGCCUUUGUUGCUUCAAAGGUUUAA